AUGCGAGCCGCUCGUCUUUCGUUCCUCCUCUACUCCCUGUCCCUCGUGGCUGUCGUCGCUGGCCAGAGCGCUGCAGUCACGAGUGUAGGCAACGCCGUCACCUCUGCCGCUGCCGCCGCUACCACAGAGGCCCCUUCUACCACAUCCAGUGAAUCGUCUUCGACAUCUGAGUCCUCUACCUCGACUUCGGAGAGCACUUCCACCACCAGUGAGCCUACAACUACGUCGUCAAGCUCGGAAGAGACUACUUCCACGACCAACAAGCAACCCCAACAAACUACCCAGCCGCAGCAGACAACGUCAUCCAAUAACAACAACAACAAUGCGCAGACAACUGCAGUCACUACAACAGACAAGAACGGCAAGACCACCGUCGAAAGCACUACUCAGCAGACCACCGCAACCCCGGUCGUGCAGACGGUCACGACCAUCGAGACCAUCAGCGGAACCCCCGUCCAAACCACUCUCACCACUACGUCGACUCCCGCCAGUUCUGAAUCCACGGGCAACCCUAGUCUGAGCGGCACUUCGUCUGAUAACUCUAACAGCAGCUCUGGUCUCUCGUCCUCUCAGAAGAAGAUCAUCAUCGGUGUCGUCGUCGGUGUGGGUGGUGCAAUCAUCGUCGGUGCCCUUGCCGUUGUUGGCUGGAGGAUCCAUGCUCGCAAGGCUGCCCAAGACAACGAUGAGGCUGCUGAUCUCAUGAGCGGUACGGCAGUCGGUGCAGGUGCUCGCGAGAAGGCACCCAGCCCGGGUGCUGGUGGCACGCCCUUCAAGACCACGCUUGACCAGUACCACAACCCUGGACCUGUCAAUGCUGCAUCAAACUUCUAA